ACAGUGGCCGCUGUCGAGUGGGAGGGUCGGUCCAAAGUAACUUCAUAUCGUUGGCUUAAUAUGCUCCAGACCUGCAGCAGUCUGCUGUUAUUCUCUCAAUUUGUAGCAAUAAUUUGAUAUCCUCGACGUGCAGCCAUGCCGAACCCCUCUGAGCAGAGCUCUUGUCUGGUUCUGGAGAACUUCAUCGGAGGGAAGUUCGUUCCGUGUCGGACUCACAUCGACUCCUACGACCCGUCCGUCGGAGAGGUUUACUGCAGGGUGCCGGACAGCGGGGCGCCGGAGGUGGAGGCAGCGGUGGCGGCGGCUAAAGAAGCGUUCCCCGGGUGGUCCGCUCGCAGCCCGGAGCAGCGGGCUCAGGUCCUCAACAAACUGGCCGACCUGUUGGACGCCAACGUGGAGGAGUUCGCCCAAGCUGAAUCCAGGGACCAAGGUAAAACAGUAACAUUUGCACGGACUGUUGACAUUCCCCGAUCUGCGUACAACUUCCGCUUCUUUGCCUCAUCACUGUUGCACCACACCAACGACUGCAGCCAGACGGACCACAUGGGCUGCCUGCACUACACCAUCCGCUGCCCUGUGGGAGUGGCCGGUCUGAUCAGCCCCUGGAACCUCCCCCUGUACCUGCUGACCUGGAAGAUUGCUCCUGCCAUCGCUGCAGGCAACACAGUGGUGGCCAAACCCAGCGAGAUGACCUCUGUGACUGCCUGGAUGAUGUGCAAGUUGAUGCAGCAGGCUGGUGUUCCUCCAGGAGUUGUCAACAUUGUUUUCGGCACCGGGCCAAAAGCAGGCGACGCCCUGGUCGGCCAUCCUGACGUCCCAUUGGUCUCCUUCACUGGCUCCACGGCCACUGCCCAGUGCAUCACAGAGCGGAGCGCCCCCUACUGUAAGAAGCUCUCUCUGGAGCUGGGAGGGAAAAACCCUGCCAUUAUUUUUGCUGACGCAGACCUGGACCGGUGCAUCGAGACCACUGUUCGCUCCAGCUUCUCCAAUCAGGGGGAGAUCUGCUUGUGCACCAGCAGGAUUUAUGUAGAGGGGAGUAUUUACUCUGAGUUCCUGGAAAGGUUUGUGGCUGCGGCUAAGAAGUGGAAGACAGGUGCGCCCUCUGACCCCGGCAACAACAACGGAGCGCUCAUCAGCAAAGAGCACCUGGAGAAGGUCCGUAGCUUCGUAGCACUCGCCAAAUCUGAAGGAGGCACGGUCCACUGUGGGGAGGGGGUGGAUCAGCUCCACCUCCCUGAGCGCAACGCUAAAGGCUACUUUAUGCCGGCCACCGUCAUCUCAGGCAUUUCUGACAGCUCCCGCCUCAUGCAGGAGGAGAUCUUCGGCCCCGUCACCUGCGUCUCCCCCUUUGACUCAGAGGAGGAGGCCGUUUCCAAGGGCAACGGCGUGCGCUAUGGUCUCGCGGCCACCGUGUGGUCCCAGGACGUGGGGAAAGUUCACCGGAUGGCCAGGAAGAUACAGGCAGGCAUGGUGUGGACCAACUGCUGGAUGGUGAGGGAUCUGAACCUGCCCUUCGGAGGGAUGAAGAACUCUGGUGUGGGGAGGGAGGGGGGGAAGGACUCCUACCACUUCUUCACCGAGGUGAAGACCGUCACCGUCAAACACUGAGGGAGGAAAAAGAGAUAGCUACCUUGAUUGGAGAAAAGGUUUUGUAGUUAAUCGUGACAUUCAUCAACCUUUGCUGGCAUCUUUUGUGAAUUCCAAUGAAAACUUGGAAUUCACAAUUUCCCCCCCCCCCCCCCCCCCCCCUCGGAUUACUAGAGCCUGUAAUUAAGUCUCAUCAUAGAAUACAAAAGUCAGAGGAGGUCACAGAGGAAUAAACAAGCAUCCAAAAUCAAUGUCAAGUAAAGAGGAAAUGUAUUACACUGCAAAACACUGUAAUACCUUUUUUAUUAGUUCAUCCCUUAAUAUUCUAAACUGCCAUAUUCUACUGUGGAGCAUUUUGGAUGCAUAGGGUGUGUCAUUCUGAAAAGAAUGCAUGCCGCACAAACACAGAUAGAAUGAAUAGAAAAGCUGUUAAGCAUGGUAAACAAGUGAGAGUUGGUACAGUAUGUGCCUCAGGAGAACCCAACCCAAAAAGCAAAUCAUUGUCAAAUGUAAUGUCCUGGUAUUUCUUCGGCUUUUUUGUAACACCGCAUCAAACCAAAUAAAAACACUUUACACAUUCAA